UACCGGCGUUGGUCCCGUUCGUCGCCGUUUGCGCGCGCCAGCGUCGUCACUGUCGUCAGUAGACACACGACACACUCACUACCCGACUCGUGACACGUACGGCGUACGACGCACGUUACACACGUACGUAUUCGCGUAGUCACGCGUACACGGGCACAGGUUCGCGCGUGUGUGUGCAUUCCUGCUGGUUUCGCCACGGCGGCAGUGCGGCAGUCAAGCAUCGACGAUGACAACGGAGACUCGGUAACGCGUGCUUCGUCGGUAUAGAAAGGGGGCAUGAACUUUGCACAGCGAAAAAGAAACGAUAAGCGACGACGACGACGACGACGACGACGAGUCAUCGUCGCAACAAAGAAUGGCGCUCGAAAGGACGAACGGGAACAGCAGUGGAAAUUACUUGAGAAACGUACCGAACAUCAAUCAGCUGACCAGCGAUUCGUUCGCGAACGAUGAAAAGGACGGUGGACGAACUGGUAAUACCUCCUCAUCCUCCUCCCCCAGCAUACCGAACGGACCGCCAACGACACCGUAUCCUUCGAUCGCGUAUCAAUCAGGACAGAAUCCUCCUCCACCGGUGCCUCCACGCCAGCCAGCACUACAAAACAACUACUGGGGAUACAACUCGUCGUGGUCGGGUCCUAAUCAUUACGGCGGGUACGGCGGUGGAUUCGGUCAUGGCAGUCAAUACAGAGGAUUCGGAGGAUCGGGUGGAUACAGCAGUUGGUACAGUCCUCCUUACCUCGGUUACAACGGUAACAAUAACAAUUACGGACCGUUGAGCACGCACAGCGGCAACGCGGAAAACAGGUUCUUUCAUUACAUCGAGGCGAACGUCAGACCAACCUUUCAAUCGAUCGAAACGGUCGUACACACAUUCUCGUCGAUGACGAUGCUGUUGGAAUCGACGUACUUGGCUCUGACAAAUUCGUUCAGAGCGAUCUUAAGCGUCGCCGAGAGCGUAGGAAAAUUGCGUUCCACGAUAAAUCAAUUAUUCAGUACGUUCGCGAUGAUCAGAUUCGUGAAAUGGUUGUACAGGAAGAUCGUACGUACCGCCGGUCUGGGCAGCCAAGGCAGCCGGCGAUUCGAUUCGACGGACGAAGAACUGUGGGAGAAAUCCUUGGCAAAGAUGGGUAACGACCGAAACGCAAAGAACUCUUCCUUCUGGUCCGGUCUGUUGACGUUCACCGUGUUCAUCGCGAUACCUUACAUGAUCCACAAGAUCGCGAGCAGCGUAAGAGCCGCAGAAGCAGAAGCAGAAGCAGGUAGCGUCGUCGCGGAUCCAAAAACGUGGUACGAAAGCGAGGAACCCACGCACGUGGCGACGGUGUUGUACGACUUCGCGGCCGUCAACAACGACGAACUCAGCGUGAAGGCCGGUCAAAAGAUCUGCCUCGCACCCAAGUCGUUGCAACCGAAACAGACGCCAGGAUGGUGCAGAGCCACCGACAACACGAACGUCGGUCUUGUUCCUUACAAUUACAUAAAAAUCCUAGGACAGUUGAAGAGAGUGAAGCGAAGCGACGACGACGCAACGGCAGGCUCUCCGGCGGCGGCGGCCGCAAGGGACGAAGCAAAAUCACGUACCAACGGAAAUCCAAGUUCCAAACAGCAGCAGGACAGUAAAACGGGCCUCGAGACCGGAGAGACGGACGACCGAUCCUCUGAUCGAUCGUCGUCGGAAAAGGGCGGAAAAUAGGCAGUAGCGACAGACACAGCCGGAACGUUCGACGUUCAUCAGACGGGAAGACGGGACAUCGCAACCUCGGCCGGGUACGGACGUCGACCGACAUCGUGCAGGCAGGGCGCAGUACGUCCUCGGCAGUGGGGGGUUGGGUCAAAGCACGUACAGGCGUAGCCGACCGUCGGAACACGUAGAGUACGAUACGAAAUAAAAGAGAAAAACAAACGA